CUUCUUCAUCCUUCGACAGUUACUAAAGAACAGAAGCUUGAAGUUCAGAAUGCAAUGGACGACUGGAAUGCAUUAACGUGUCUUCGUUUCCGGAAAGCUAACAGUCAAGAUAAAAACAAGAUUACCUUCAGAAACGGUAUGGGGUGUAGUUCUUUCAUCGGAAUGCAACCCACAUCCCAAGACGUUUUACUUGCAAAGAAUUGCCGAGUGAAAGACAUUAUAUUGCAUGAACUUGGUCAUGCUAUCGGCCUUUUCCAUGAGCAGACCCGAAUCGACCGUGAUAACUAUGUUACCAUCAUAAACAAAAACGUCAUCGAUAGACUUUUCUACAAUUUUGAGAAACGAACGAACACUUCUAUGAACCUGUAUGGUAUUAAGUACGACUAUAGAAGUAUAAUGCAUUAUGGCUCCUAUGAAUUCUCUGUGAAUGGAGAAAGGACCAUUGAAACCAAAGAUAAACGUUUCCAGGGGAUUAUUGGAAAAGCUAAAAUUCUUAGUUUUAAUGACGUUAAACUUGUCAACGCAAUGUAUAACUGUUCAGGAAAUUGUCCGAAAAAGUCUUGUCCCAGAAAUGGUUUUGUGGCGGAGGACUGUGAAUGUUACUGCCCAGACUUAAAGAAGUCUGUAAGAAAAUGUUCAGAUACAAGUGGUAAUGGAGGUGUAACUGAACCUAAAGAAGAAGAGAUUUGUAGAGACUACCAUAGGUCAUGUGCAGUAUGGGCUCAGAUGAAUGAAUGUAAACUGAAUCCUUUAUACAUGUUAGAAAACUGUGAAAAAUCCUGUGGUAAAUGCAAAGGUGGAAAAGAUGAAAAGGUCGAAGAUUGUAAAGAUGAUAACACAGACUGUAAACAUUGGGAAGGACUUGGAGAAUGCAGUAAAAACCCUGUAUAUAUGUUAGUACACUGCAAAUUAUCCUGUAAACAGUGCAAUGGUACAGAAGUUGAGGAAAAGUGUGACGACAGUAACGCUGUGUGUCCAGUCUGGGCCAAAGCUGGCCAUUGCACAAUUAAUGCUGCUUAUAUGUUGAAGAAUUGCAAGAAGUCCUGCUCACAGUGCACCAGUGGAGGUAAAGAGGAAGAAAAGGUUGAUGAAGUUGAGGAAAAGUGUGACGACAGUAACGCUGUGUGUCCAGUCUGGGCCAAAGCUGGCCAUUGCACAAUUAAUACUGCUUAUAUGUUGAAGAAUUGCAAGAAGUCCUGCUCACAGUGUACCGGUGGAGGUAAAGAUGAAGAAACUGUUUAUAUAGAUUGUUUGGAUGGAAACAAGCACUGUAAAGAUUGGGCAGAAACUGGAGAAUGUCACAGGAACCCAAGCUAUAUGCUAAAUAACUGCAAAAAAUCCUGUAAUACUUGUGGACAUAAUACCGAAGCCUAUGGUGCUGAACCCUGUACAGAUGAGAAUGGCAAAUGUGGAGCUUGGGCUGAGAUGGGUGAAUGUAAAUCAAACCCAGAUUAUAUGCUUUUCUACUGCAAGAAGUCCUGUCAAGUUUGUGAGUGAAGCAAAUCUGUUGACAGUCAAAUAACAUUUGCAAUUUCAGUAUUUUAAAAUAAAGAUCUUGUUUCAUAUGAAA